UAGAUGGAUUGGGAGGAGGAGGAGGAGAGUGACUGCUGCUGUGUGCCUGUCUACACAGCCCCCCUCCCUCUCUCACUCUGUCAGCAAUCCCCUCUUCUCUUUCUCCCUCUCCAUCUCCCUUGCGCUCUCUCUGUCUGUCUGUUGUGUUAGCAGUAUGGAGCCCAACAGUCCUAAGAAGAUCCAGUUUGCUGUGCCUCCCUUUCAGAGCCAGUUGGACCCUCAGGCAGCUGAACAUAUUCGUAGGAGAAGACCCACCCCUGCGACGCUGGUCAUCUACCAAGAGCCAUCUGGGGCAGAAGCAGAUGAGAAGCGGACAACAAGCAGUAGUAUGGAAGAUCUCCAGGGUGCAGAUUUGUCCUCGGCACAGAGGAAGCAGAGCACCUUCAUUCCGCCAACUGUGAAAGAGCUACAGAUGGUGAUGGACCAAAACUUUCAGAAACCGGAACAUCUGGAAGCGGGCCUCUGUGAAAACACUGACCAGCUCAGCCCAAUCACAGCCCAGCACUAUGGCAAUACUGCCCAACGGGCUAAUCAUAAUGGGCCUGAUGAGCCAAAUGGCAAUGAGCUGUAUGYCAAUCAUCGACUGCUAGCCAAUGGRGGCCUCUCAUUCGCAGACAGCAACUGUACUGGGGAGACUUCUACAAGUCAGCAGGACAAUCUCUCCAGUCCCACAUCUAUCUCUCGAUAACGUUGCCACUCUGUUUUGUCAUUCUGUCUAUCGCUUGUUCCUGGGUCGUGUUCAUUAGGGCAUAAAAAACGUAGCAAAACGUUUUGCAAUGGAAAYGACAAGUUGACAUAGUACCUCCCCAUCUCUUUAAGCAUCAAAAGUUUUAUUCUGUUUUGUGCCUACUGAACAAAACCCUGGUCCUCUGUUUCCUCUUCCAAUUAUACAAUGGUUGUUGUCCCUGGAAGUUAUGUUUCCAUAAACUAUACAGCUCCAGCUCUCCUGAUGUACGAAGUGUCUCAGAAGUGUAAGAUUGGAUUAUUUUCAUUGCUUAUCUAACUGGAUGUUACAUUAUUUCUGUAUUUAGUGAGGUCAARUUACAUUUUUGUUCAGAAAGCUUUCUGGUUUGUUUCUUAGUUUUUAGUCCAUUUAUACGAUAGUUGGUCUCUUGUUAUUAAUAUGUUGGURUGUACUGUUCUUAAGAUUUAUCUUGCAAAAAUGAAUGGAACUUGUUCAAAUAAAAUGUGUUUUAUGAA